GCCACGCCUCUUGUUUUAUCUAGCCAGCCUUUCAUGCAGAAUCCCGUUGUUUUCCAGUGACCCAUUUGCGCCACAGAUGCAAGCGGGAAUCCAGGUCACAAUGAAUCAGUUGAGGCUUGUCUAAGAAGGACCUAACGUUCCAGGUCGCUCUGGAGGAGGCCCUGGCAACAGAAGCUGCCGAGAGGUCGACCCAAGAGGCACGGCCGAGCCUGCCAUCCCAACCGAGGGUCCACCAUGAAGACCUCACCGACGACUCAGGAUCUGACAGGGAGGAGGUGCACCGAGUACAGCAGCGCACUCAAGCAGCGCACAGACCACAGCUGCCUCGACGAGAAGGAGGGAACUGCGCAAGCUGCGGGGAGAGUCACGAGAGGAGGACCUGCCGUUUCCGCAACGCAGAGUGCAGGCAGUGCAGAAAAUCGGGACACAUCGCCCGGGUGUGUCGGGCUCCGCCCACCCCACACCCGGCAUCAGAUGACCAAUCCAAGAGCCCCAGGUCCCGGGGCCCAACGCACCAAGGCAACUCGACGGAGCUCACGGACUUCCAGGUAUACCAGUUGCCCCACCCCAACGUAGAGAAAAUUUAUGUAGAGGUACAGAUAGAGGGGCCCCAUGCCGCAUGGAGCUUGACACGGGUUCAACUCUAUCCAUAAUCUCGGCAAGGACCUUAAGGAAACUGUGUCCCACUGGGGGUCCCAAACUCAGGCCGGCCCCAUUCACCCUCCGGGACUUCCAGAAACGUAAGGUCCCCACAAUGGGGGUGGGGACCUUCAGGGUGCAAUACCGAGGGCGGACGCGGCAACUGGACUUGCUUGUGGUCAAGGGCCCCUACAUUAGCUUACUGGGAUUGGCAUGGUUUGGACCACUGGGGCUAGCUGUCACCGGGGUGAACCACACUAGCUUACAAGUGGACGUGGACGCCAUAUGCAAGGAAUUUCCAGGGGUUUUCGAUGGGAAAUUGGGACAGUAUACGGGCCCCCCCAUUGCGCUACAGCUUGACCCCGCAGUACGACCGGUCAGGCUCAAGGCCCGCCGGGUCCCGUUCGCCUUGAAACCCCGUAUAGACGAGGAAUUGGACCGACUCGUAGAGCAAGGAGUGCUGGAGCCGGUGCCUAAUGCUCCCUGGGAAACCCCAAUCGUCACACCCGUCAAGCCUAAUGGUUCGGUCCGCAUCUGCGCAGACUACAAAUGUACCAUAAACAAGGCCCUCACGGCCCACGCAUACCCAGUGCCAGUGGUCAGCCAUGUCCUUGCCACCCUGGCUGGGUCGAAAAUUUUUGGCAAGCUGGACUUGGCCCAAGCAUAUCAACAGCUGCCAGUAGAUGAGGCCACAGCAGAGGCACAGACGAUUGUGACGCACAGAGGAGCGUUCAGGGUAAAGCGGCUGCAAUUCGGUGUCAGCGUGGCACCAGGCAUAUUCCAGAAUAUAAUGGACUCUCUCCUUAAAGGGAUUCCUGGCGUCACCCCCUUCUUCGAUGAUGUGUUGAUUGCCGGCCCCACACCAGAGGAGUUUGAGGACCGCCUCCGCACCGUUCUGCACCGUUUCCAGACGGCGGGUCUCAAGGUGAAGCGGGAAAAAUGUCUACUAGGAGUGCCUCAGGUGGACUUUCUGGGAUUUAUGGUGGACGCAGAAGGGGUCCACCCGACUGGGGACAAGGUACGGGCCAUUGGUGAUGCCCCAGCGCCCAAGAGCAAGACUGAACUUCAGGCCUUCUUGGGACUAUUGAACUUUUACCAUUCCUUCCUUCCCCACAAGGCGGCGGUAGCGGAGCCCCUACACAGACUCCUGGACAAGCGGGCCCCUUGGGUGUGGGGCCAGCGCCAGGAGGCCGCAUUCCAGGCAGUCAAGGACUUGCUUGUCUCAAACUCGGUCUUGGCACACUUCGACGAGAGGCUGCCGGUGGUGCUAGCAUGCGACGCCUCACCCUAUGGCAUUGGAGCUGUCCUGGGGCACCAACUCCCGGAUGGAAGAGAGGUACCGGUGGCGUACUUUUCCCAGACACUCAACACAACCGAGCGGAACUACUCGCAAAUCGACAAGGAGGGUCUGGCAAUCGUAAAGGGAGUAAAAAUUCCAUGAUUUCUUGUACGGGCGGCCCUUCACCGUGGUGACUGACCACAAGCCGUUGCUUGGCUUGUUUGCCCCCGAAAGCAGACCCCCCAAGUGCUGUCUCCUCGCGUCCUCAGGUGGUCAAUUUUCCUUGCCAGCUACCAGUAUGCACUGAUUCACCGACCUGGGAAGGCGAUGGGCCAUGCGGACGCCCUCAGCAGGCUACCACUACCGGAAACAGGCCCUGACCCAGCACCUGCACAAGAGGUUAUGAGCCUGGAGCUGCUUCCCGACCGCCCCAUUCAGGCACAAGAAGUUGCACACCAUUCCAAGAAAGAUAGGGUCAUCUCCCGGGUCCUGGACUGGGUGUGGGGGGAUGGCCCAGCAGCAGCCCCGGGCCAGAAUUCGCCGGCUACACAACCCGCAAACAUGAACUGUCGGCCCACAAGGGGUGCCUGUUAUGGGGAAGCAGAGUCGUUGUUCCCCAGCCCCUCUGCAAAAGGGUCCUCACAGCCCUACACGAGACACAUCCAGGGGUAGUAAGAAUGAAGGCCCUUGCCAGGAGUUAUGUGUGGUGGCCGGGGAUCGAUGGAGAGAUAGAGGCCUGGGUCAAACACUGCCAGGCCUGCCAAGAAUCCCGCCCAGAUCCCCCAAGGGCCCCAGUCCAGUCCUGGGAGUCCGCCCGAGCACCAUGGUCACGCCUGCAUGUGGAUUUCGCUGGCCCCUUUCAGGGGAAAACAUUCUUCAUAGUGGUGGACUCCUACACCAAAUGGCUGGAAGUCGCACUGGUACCGUCCACUUCCACGUCCGCAGCCAUCCGGGUACUACGCAGGCUGUUUGCAACCCACGGGCUCCCUGACACUCUCGUCUCAGACAACGGGACUGCAUUUACGUCAGGAGAAUUCCAAACCUUCACAGCGCAGAACGCCAUCCGCCACAUCCGUUCGGCGCCGUUCCACCCUGCCACCAAUGGCCAAGCAGAACGCAUGGUGCGGACCACCAAGGACACCCUUCGCCGCAUGACGCAAGGGGACUGGGAGUACCGCCUUGCCACAUUCCUUCUAGCACAGCACAGCACCCCCAGCUCAACGACUGGCCGGAGCCCCGCUGAACUACUAAUGGGUCGGCGCCUUGCAAUCAGAUUGGACCGCCUUCACCCCGAUAGAGCUCAGGAUGAGGUAGUGGUGGGGGAAGGCAGGAACCCCCGGACCUUCGAGGCCCAGGACCCAGUGUACGCAAAGAAUUUUGGGGCAGGCCCAGCAUGGGUACCCGCCACAAUCACCAGGGUCACUGGCCCCGUGUCGUACGAGGUGCUAACGGAUGGGGGGCAAUGCUGGCGCCGCCACUGCGACCAGAUACGGCGACGAUUCCCGGGAGAAAACCAGGAGGAGGACAGGUCAGAGGAGUCCCAAGGGAACAGCGGGGCAGUGAGGCCCAUAGAGCAGGAGGGGCCAGCAGGAGAGGCAGAAUCAGUAAAUACAGAGAGGACCCGUGAGGCCGAAAGGACACCGGAACCAGAACCACGACUGAGCGAGCCGGUUGCACCAGACCAAACAGCCGCAUCACAGCCAGCAUCCUUGGAACACGAGCCAGAACCCGGAGCCCGGACCAGGGAACACCCCAGGCCACAACGCACACGUAGGCCGCCGGCAUACCUUGAGGACUAUGAAUGCGACCUCCCGGGCAGGACUGGAACUUAGAGGGGAGGGGUGUUAUGUACUGAGUUGAAUAGGAUCCAAACUGUAGCAGUCUGAUUGGUCCUAGAACAAUAGGAUCCAAAAGGCAGCAGUCUGAUUGGUCCUAGAACAAUAGGAUUCAGAACGCAGCAGUCUGAUUGGUCCUAGAACAAUGCAGCAGUAUGAUUGGUUGGCAGGAACCACCCAAUCCUGCUCCAGAUAGAAGUGAAUCCACAACCUGAUUGGCUUACAGUAGAAUUCCAGAAUUAGCCAAUCAUGUGCAGCCCAUUGUGUAAAUAAUGUAUAUAAAGCAGAUACUGUGAGGGGACAUUUAUUCAUUCCUCCUCACCACUAUGAGCUGAAUAAAGAGCAUGAAAUCACUUUGCGACUCUGAGUAUAUUUCAAGGCUUAUCAGGAGAUUGGAUUGUGAACAACAAAAAGAUUCCCAUAGAGCCAUACUUGAAGCGGCGAGGAGGCUGCUACGACUCUCUCGGCUGCUCGGCUCCCUCCGAAUGGCUGCAAAAAAAGGCUCCGUCCGGGAGGCUGGCGGGCGAGGGGACCCCGAUCCCGGCGGAGAACGAUGCCGCGCCGGCGGAUCCCAGCCUCGCCUCCUCUCUGUCCCUCUUAAGGCGCGCUCCUCUUCCUCGCGUGCUUCGGGGCGGAGCUGGCGUGGGAGAGUUGCACGCAUCCCGGCGUUCAGAAGGGGGCGAUCGUGUGAAUCCUCCGGGUUUUGCCUCUUGCGGCUCCGCCAUUAAACCACCGAGCAAGAGGAGGAGGCGGAGGCGGCAGAGACCGCCUGCAGCCUCCGACGCCCCGCUUCCAGCCGGGGGCGGCGCCAGGGAACUGUAGUUCGCGGGCGCCGAAACGGAGCGAGCGGGGAGUAGCGCCGGUAGGAACCAGGAUCGCCAUCGAUCGCGGUAGGAACCGGGAUCGCUCCGGCUUUGUCGCUGUGGCAGCUUCUCUCGCAGCCCUGCAGCCCUGCGAGAGGGAAGUCCCGUCGGGAGCUGGAAGAGCCGCCUGCAUUAGCGCUUGCCUGCAGCCCAAUACUGUCUUGCACAGGCUGGCAGCGGCAACGGCUCGCCAGGGUGUCAGGCGGGGGAACGGACGGUCCCAGCCUCACCUGGAUCGUACCUGCAUGCAAAAUGUUGUUUGUUUAUAUCUUACUGACAUAGGAAGCUUAUACCAAGCCAGACCAGUGGUUCAUGCAGCCCAAGACUGUCUGCACUGGCCGGCAGCCCCAGCCUCACCUGGAGAUGCCAGGCUUACCUUAUAUGGGAGGACAGGGUUCAUGUCCCCACUUGGCUCGUGCCAGUCACUGCCUCUCCGCCUAACCUACCUUGCAAGGCUGUUGUGGCGAUUAAAUGAGGAAGUGGAGAGCCAUGGGCUUCAGUUCCUUGGAAAUGAAAGUGGGCUAUAAAUGUGUGCCUCUUCCAUGUGAGGGUGGCAACAUGAGAACAGGGCCUUUUCUGCGGUGGUUCCCCAUUUGUGGAAUGCUCUCCUCAGGGAGGUUAGCCUGGCACCUUCCUUGUAUAUCUUUAGGUGCCAGGCAAAAACAUUCUUUUUCAACCAGGCCUUUGGCUGAUUAAUACUCUACAGCCUUUUAAAUGUGUUUGUGCGUGUAUUAUGGCUUUGUUGUUUCUGUUUUAAGUAUUUAUUUGCAAUUUUACCUUGUGUUUUUAUCUUGUGUAACCACCCUGAGAUUGUUUGAUGAAAGGCAGUGUAUAAAUUCAAUAAAGAAAAUAAUGCAAUCAAGGAAAUUAAUGAAUUAAUGAAAUACUUAAAGAUGCUGAACUACUAUUUUUAUUUUAUUGACUUAAGAAAAUUAUACAGACAGCAAAACGAAGAAGCGUAAAUUAACAUUGCCUUCUACCAAUAAGAAAUAAUAAUAACAAAUCUUAACUUGUCAUUCUGUCAUUUGUGGUACUUUUUCUGUUUUCCAAUAUUUUGCGGCUGGGGUUAUAUAAAAAAUAUAUUCCUUUUGUCCUUGGGGCUGUUGUUCGUUAAUAAACUAAUUCCAUUGUUUCUCACUCAGGAAGACUAUCGCCUAACCACUGAGCAUCACUGCCAGGGAAUGGUCAAGGGCAGGUGGUGUAUAUGACGGUUGAACCCCAUCGACCACAAUCCAGUCCUUUAAAGGACUAGAAGAUCAACCAAGAAAUUAGCUGUUCCUUCUUUUGUGUUUCUGGCCAGACUUUCAGGGAUUGAGAGCAAAGAUAGUUUUCCUGUCAAUCAACCGGCUUCUAGAUUGGCCCAGUGAACUUUGGAAGCGAUGAAGAAGCAAAAUUUUACAGGUCCGGAACUGGAUCUCAGACCAGACCCAGCAGGAAAAGCAAGCAGGGUGCUUCUGCCUGGAAUUACGAUCGAGCGACCAGGAUAUGGAGCGUCUGAAGACGGCAAAGGGGGACCCGGCAAGGGGAGGCAAGAGCGAUGGGAAGCCCAGUGGCAGCAGUUCCUGAAGACCCUGCAGCCCCUUCACCCAGAAGGGGGAGGCCCCCCAGAGAUGCCUGAGUCUGCCCCCUGGGAAGACGCCCAGGCCUUCCUGGCCUCCUUUGAGAAAGUGGCCAAAGCCUGCCGCUGGCCCAGAGGAGAGUGGGCGGCCCGGCUCCUGCCCGCGCUGAGCGGAGAAGCAGACGAGGCCUUCCGGAGCCUGGAAGCCGGAGACAGAGAGGAUUAUGGGAAGGUGAAGGCGGCCAUCUUGCGAGGGGUCGCCCUGAGGAUGGAGGCCGAGCGCCAACACUUCCGGCAGUUCUGCUGCCAGCAGGUGGAGGACCCCCGGAGGAUCCACCUGCAGCUGCAGGAUCUCUGCCACCGGUGGCUGAAGCCGGAGAGACGCAGCAAGGAGCAGAUCCUGGAGCUGCUGGUCCUGGAGCAGUUCCUGGCCAGCCUCCCGCCAGAGCUGCAGAGCUGGAUCCGAGCAGGAGGACCGGAGUCGUGUUCGCAGGCGGUGGCCCUGGCGGAGGAGUUCCUGAUGGCCAGCCAGCAGGUGGGCAGAACAGACAAAUGGCAGGUGAGGUUUUCAUCCCUCUCAAGCAACAGGCGGUGGCCUGGAAUAUUGGCGUCAUCUGCAGUUGUUCAGUUAGCAAUGGGUGGGAUUUUUAGCAGGGAGCUGCGGUGAAUUUUCUUCAGUUAACCACACUAAGAUUGUUGAGCUAAUCAAUAGCCGUUAUUGGUUAUUAGCACUGAGGAAAUUAAGAAUUCCAAAGCAUCAGGUUAACUUUUAGAAGUUACCGAGUUAUGUAUGCAUGCAUCUCUAGGUCAUAUGCAGCCGUAAAAAUGGAAGCUUUUGGUUUCCCAGGCAACACUUUUUACCAGACACAGGAAAGUGACCUUUCUGGCUUCAGUGGGGUCAUACAGGCCUCGUCAACAAAUUCCUUCUCUCUUUUCUGCAUUUCAUUUCACUUUUAAUUUGUAUACCGUCUUUCUAUUUUACAAUACCCACGGCGGUUUACAAGCUGCAGAAACAAAGAAUGUAGCCCUUAUAAGCAUCUACUCCAAUACAAAAAUGUGAUUAUUAUUAUUAUUAUUAUUUAUUAUUUGUACCCCGCCCAUCUGGCUGGGUUUCCCCAGCCACUCUGGGCGGCUUCCAUAGAAACCAAAAAUACAGUAAAAUAUCACAGAUUAAAAACUUCCCUGAACAGGGCUGCCUUAAGAGGUCUUCUAAAUGUCAGGUAGUUAUUUAUCUCUUUGACAUCUGAUGGGAGGGCGUUCCACAGGGCGGGCGCCACUACCGAGAAGGCCCUCUGCCUGGUUCCCUGUAGCUUUGCUUCUCACAAUGAGGGAACCGCCAGAAGGCCCUCGGCGCUGGACCUCAGCGUCCGGGCAGAACGAUGGGGGUGGAGACGCUCCUUCAGGUAUACUGGGCCGAGGCCGUUUAGGGCUUUAAAGGUCAACACCAGCACUUUGAAUUGUGCUUGGAAACGUACUGGGAGCCAAUGUAGGUCUUUCAAGACCGGUGUUAUGUGGUCUCGGCGGCCGGCCCCUGUCACCAGUCUAGCUGCCGCAUUCUGGAUUAGUUGUAGUUUCCGAGUCACCUUCAAAGGUAGCCCCACGUAGAGCGCAUUGCAGUAGUCCAAGCGGGAGAUAACUAGAGCAUGCACCACUCUGGCGAGACAGUCCGCGGGCAGGUAGGGUCUCAGCCAGCGUACCAGGUGGAGUUAGUAGACAGCUGCCCUGGAUACAGAAUUGACCUGCGCCUCCAUGGACAGCUGUGAGUCCAAAAUGACUCCCAGGCUGCGCACCUGGUCCUUCAGGGGCACAGUUACCCUAUUCAGGACCAGGGAGUCCUCCACACCAGCCCGCCCCCUGUUCCCCAAAAACAAUACUGAUAAUAAAUCAUAACUUUAAAAUAAGCAACUUAUAUCAAAUAAACUAAUAUUCAACAAUCCAUUAGAACAGUAUAGAAUAAUACUAAAUAUCAGCAUAUAAAAAUUAAACAGAUAUCCACUCUUAACAGUGGCUGGGGAAACCCAACCAGAUGGGCGGGGUAUAAAUAAUUUUUAUUAUUAUUAUUAUUAUUAACAAGUAUAAUAAAUAUUUUCUAAACUAUCAUCAAUAAAAACUACUUCGGCAAGUCACAAUGCAUAAAAGAAUACAAUAAAAAUUGAAAAGCAGAGACUGGAGGGUGGGGCAAGGCAGGUGGAAGAAGGCCUCAUAAUUCAAAAGGCCUCUUAGCUUAUUUUUACAAAAUCCCUCCAUCCCCAAUAGCUUUUUGAUGCAUUAAUUUUCUUCACAUACAUCUUAAAUGUAUACAUUUGGAUGUUUUCCCACAACAUAGCUGAAGCUGAGAACACUCUUAGCUUAAUACGAUCAGCUGAACAUUAUCGGGCAUCUCUGAAUGCUUUUUGUAAGAUGCUCAUAUGGUUCUUCCGUUGGCAAGAAGUUUCAUACAUGCAGCCAUAUGAAAUGUUCACAACUGCUCCUUUACCAUUAUAAAAUAUUCCUAUUAAACACCAAAAAGCAUUGUGUUUAGAUAAUCAGUUGACAUUUUUUGUUGACAUUUUAUGACUGGUAUUAUUGCUACUGGCACAGGGGAUGGUUGAAAUGAAUGUCAAACUAAAUGAAAAGGUAGAUUAAUUUCUUACAAAUUGUAAUAAGUUUUUUCAGUAGAAGAGAAUACCUUUCAUUGUGUUAUUCCUUAGAUCGUAGCAGCACAGAAUUGUAGUAUCAUAGAAUUGUAGAGUUGGAAGGGACCCUGAGGCCUCGGUCCAGUAUACCUGAAGGAGCGUCUCCACCCCCAUUAUUCUGCCUGGACACUGGGUCCAGCACCAAGGGCCUUCUGGCGGUUCCCUCACUGCGAGAAGCCAAGUUACAGGGAACCAGGCAGAGGGCCUUCUCCGUAGUGGCACCCGCCCUGUGGAACGCCCUCCCACCAGAUGUCACUCAGGUGAAAUAAUAAAACACCAAUUACUGCUAAGAAAUCCAAAUUUCAAGUAGAAUUCUGGUCUAACCUUGAAUUGGCAGCCACCAGGACAAAUUUUGCUCUUGGAUCCUGCUUGCCCGAUUCCUAUAGGCAUCUGGUUGGCCACUGUGGGAACAGGAUGCUGGACUAGAUGGGGCUUUGGUCUGAUCCAGCAGGACUUUUGAUAGGUAAGCUUUAUUUGGUCCGAAUAGCUCCUUGAAUUAAUACUCGAAGGGGAAGGAGGUUUAGGAGCGCAGAGCCCUUCUCAUUCCUGUGCCUCUGUUCUGAGAGGGGUUUUCUCUGCCUGUUUCAGGGGCCGCUGCAAGAGGUGUGUUUGGCUUCCCUGGAUGCAGUGGAGGAGCCCUCAGAUGCCGCCGAGGGGCAGGUCUGCUACGAAGGGAAGCAGGAGAGCGAUGGGGAGAUCAGGUUGCUGGGUAAGAAGUCACCAAAUUAGUGUUUCGCGUUGUUCUAGUUUCAUUUUUUAAAAAUAAUAAUAUUUAUUAAUAAUUUCAGAAUUACAGAAAAAAAUAAAAAACAAAAAACAACACUACAAUACAUAAAAAGAAGAAAAAACGCAAAACAUAAAAACCAAUACAUCAAUACAGUAAUAUGUAUGUAUAUAUAUAUAUAUAUAUAUAUAUAUAGGAAAAAAAGAAAGACACAAAUCCCAUAUAACUUCCAUUUGCUUGUUUCAUUGACCUCCUCGCACCUCCCUUUUUGUAUUCUAGUUUAGUUAGUUAUUUCAGCAAAUUCUUUCCAUCUUUCUCAAUUUUUAUUAAAUAAUUUAUCUUAACAAUUUAACCUAUUAAUUAACUCAACAGAUCCUUUCCAUCUUUCCCCAUAUUCUGUUAUUCAAAUUACCUUAAUUUAUUUAACCUUAUUUAUUUAACCUUAUCUAGUUUCAUGGAUUAUGAGAGGGAUGAGAUUUGGGCUGCCUCAGUCUCUCAGAAGGAAGGAACUAUGGUGUGUUCAUCUUUUGUUUUGGGGAAUCAGAAUGGCUGCCCAGGUCUUCUAAGUCAAGCUUUUAUUUCAUAGAAAUGAAUAAAUCCCACCCACAUGUGAGGAGUUUAGAAACCUGAUUCUUUCCUCUCUUUUUUCCCCUUUCAAUUUCUUGCUGAAUACUCGCAAUUGGAAAUUUUUAACGUUUGAUGUUUUAUUGUGUUUUUUAUGUGUUGGAAGCCACCCAGAGUGUCUGGGGCAACCCAGCCAGAUGGGCCAGAUAUAAACAAGAAAGUUAUUAUCAUUAUUCUUAUUAUCAUUAUCAUUGUCAUCAUCAUCAUUAUCAUCCCAGUCUGUGCCUGUGUUGGAUUUGAAAUCCACUUCUAUAUAUGUAAGGGUUUUUAAUUGUUUUUGGAUAUGCAAUUAUUCAUAGGCAGCAAUCUUUUUAACUUUAUAAAUACGUGUGCAUGAGAGAGCGAUAGCCCAAGCACAAUAUAUCUAUAUAUAUUUUUGUGCCGUAUUGUGAAAUGACUUCGAGAUCCUUCAUAGGGAGCCAUCCAUGAAUAAUAAUACUAAAUCUGGCUUCUUAUUAUUAUUAAUCUCUUAACAGCAGAAAUCUUGCUCCAGGUGAGCAAAAGCAAGGCGCUGUCUGUGCAAUUUUUUGGCAGCUGUACCAAAAGGGGAAUUGGUGACUUGGGUCUCUUUCCCUGUCACUCCAUGAAAACCUGCCCCUUCUCUCCUUUAUGCAACUCUUAACAGAACAGGAAACUUACUCUGCCGUACCCAGACACCCUAAAGGUGAUGGGAAUAACUUGCUCCCCAUUUCUAAAUUUCCCCUCGCAGGCGGCGGAAUCAAGUGCUCAGGUCACUCUAGUUCCUUGUCUCCUGCGGAAGGACAGAGGAUGGCUGACUCAGGUCUGAAUGAGGUAUGAGAAGUCUGGAUGGGUCAGCUUUUCUGUGUGGUGUGUUAAGACUAUAGAGGAGCUAGGCUAACAGUGGAUGCUGCGAUGAGUCCUCUUUCCUGGUUUUCUAAUACCUGUCCUGGUAAACUGUUGGUUCUUUUUUUUGCUCAUUUAGAGGGGGGGAGCCUUUAUUUAACAGACUUUGGGUACUGACAAAUCAUUUUUAAAAACCCUAUAAGCGGUUCACAUAAAAUGUAAAAUGUACGUUAAAGUAUUUGAUGAAGGUCAGAAGUUAAAAACAAGUUGGCCAAAAAGCGAAAUCAUUUUUCUAGUGCACAUGUGCACUGGAGUUACUUCUGUUCCUAGUCCUCAUUGUUUAUACAGUCGUACCUUGGUUUUCGAAUUUAAUACAUUCCGGGAGUCUGUUUGACUCCCGGAACAGCUCGGAAAUCAAGGUGCGGCUUCUGGUUGGCUGCUGGAGCAUCCUGCAGCCAGUUGGAAGCCACACCAGACAUUCGGGUUUCAAUCGUUCAGGAGCUGAAACUUUCGAGUUCAAAGGCAUUUGGCUUCCGAGGUUGCACUGUAGUAGAUUGGCCUGUAAGGCUGGAACCCUGCCCACAUUUACCUGCAUAUUGGGCAGUGAGGCUUAAAUAGCACAGUAAAGAGUGCAAGAAAAGUGGUUUUCCCCCUCCCUUAUGCUUUACAAGUGGAUCAAAGAUGGUGGAAUCCAACUAAGUUAACUGCGGCAGGGAUCAACUUUCAUGAGCGCAACAAGAUGUCCUCCCCCUGCAUGCCUCUCCCAAUUUCCUCCAGGUCUCUGGAGCUGAUUUGGAGGAGAAGGAGGUGAAGUUUCGUUGUGCUCAUGGAAGUUAUUCCAUGUGCAAUCAAUGGCUCUGAAUGCUAUUUAUUGUGCAACGAGACCUGACUGGGGAAAUCAGUUGGUGGUUCCUUUCACGUUUUUCCAGGGGCUGGUAAACCUCAAGGAGGCAGGUGUCUCCUUGCACCUAGUGGAGCCGACUCUGAUCCAGCCAGGCCAACAGACGAUGUUCUGGCAAGUCUUGCAGGAGGAAGAUGGGAGCACCGAAUCCUUGGGUAAGGCUUUGUCAUUCUCAGGCCCCAGGAGCUGCUGUGGAUGCUGGCAUAACCAAUUGCCCUCUUUGGAAUCUAUAGGAGGGGGGCGGAAUAAUUGAAUAACUAGAUUGAGUAUUUGACUCCUUUGAAUAAAUAUUGCAUACACAACUGACAGAUGGAGUUCCUUUAAUCCAUUUCUUUCCAUUUUCUCUCUCUUAACUAUUAUCUCUCUGGAUAGUUUUUUAUUAUUCUUAUAUAAUUACUCUCUCUCGUUGUACUUUGGUAAGAACUGUACACACAUGAAGGGGAAUGACAGUUUGAGGACCCUGUGUGAGAGAUGGGCAAGGGGAGAUAUCACCAGCUUUGAGAAGAGAAACAUGAGCCCAGGUGACAGCUGAGAGGGCACACCUUUCUCUGUUAAGCUUUAUUGAUGAGGGAGGAUCUUGUAGUUUCUGUUUCUUUUCCUUCUUUCUUUGGUUUCUUUCUUUUCUAGAUUAGUUGGCUCCUUUCAUUGUAUAGUCAUACCUUGGAAGUCAAACGGAAUCAGUUCCGGAAGUCCGUUCGACUUCUAAAACGUUCAGAAACCAAAAUGCAGCUUUGUUCAGCUUAAAAUGGAUAGAAUUGAAAGCACAUAGCAAAAGGUGAAGCUUCUGAAGAAACUUAAUUUUGUCUGAUGCGUGCCUUUCCAAAAAAGAGCAUUUCCACACUAUUAUUAUUUAAUUAACAUGUAUUCUUCUGUAAUAUAAAGUUGAUGUGAGUUUUUUGUAUAUACAGUGGUACCUUGGUUCCCGAACUUAAUCCGUUCCAGGAGUCGGUUCGACUCCCAAAACCGUUCGAAAACCAAGGCACAGCUUCUGAUUGGCUGCAGGAGCUUUGAAAAGCAUGUUUAUUGGGUUUUGAACUGAGCUAGACAUCAUUCUCUCUCUGUUCCUCUUUUCCACUCAAGAGGGAUUUUUGGCGCCCAAACCUGAUUUCCCCUCCCACCCCAAAAAGGAGGACGAGAUAUUCCACCAGUUCUCGGUGCAAUGUGAACGACCCUCGGACCAAGCUAUGGGUAAGGGGUUGGCAGUGUUUGCCAUUGGAGGAGGACACUGGGGUUGCCAUGCAGAGCUGAAGGCCACUCUUUUUUCUUUCUUUUUUCCCUCUUCCCAAGGUCAUUGUACACAGGUUCAUCAGCAUUUCUGAUGACUAGUGGAUGAACCAAAAAAAUUAUGCAGAACGGGACUGACUCCUCGUGCAUUCUCUUUUUUCCUGAAAAUGCAGAAAAUUUCUGGAAAUGUCAAUGAGAUCCUUUCCACUUAAGAUUUAAAUCUAGUUUAACUACGAUGCAUUGUGUCCAAAGAAGCCUACAAGGUCUUGCACUUUUGCAACAGAACCUCCCUUUUCUCUGUCCUCUCGCUCACGCCCACCCUCCCCCCAAAAAAUGCCCCACAGGGUAAAGGGAACACCUAGAAAAUAUUUAGUGGGCCCUUAGACAGGCACGGUCUCUGUGGUAUUUUUGGUACCUUUUUCUUCCCACAAACCUUUUAAGCUGAGAUCAUUCCCAGUCUUAUUUCUGUGUUGGAAUUGUUUUAAAUAUGUUUUUAGGUGCUUUCUUUUUUUUUUUUUCAAAUGAUAUUUAUUAAAAUUUUCAAAAAUACAGAAAGUAAGAAUUCAAAUACAUUCAAAGCCUUAUUUUCAUACAUCCACUUUCCGGGACUCCCCCCUUCCCCCACCCCUACCAUAUUCCUCUUUCACAUUGUUGGCUCCACAAGCUCUCAAUUCUAAUUAAAACUUAAUUAUUUAGACCAUUAUCCGAAUUUAAAAUUUAUACACUCCUCAUCAAUACUCUUAAUAAAAGACAAAAAUUCUUUCCCAGGGCCCACCCCAUUUUCAUUCCACAAUUUCCCUUUUUUUAAUAAUAAGGACACCCCACACAAUAGAAAUAUCAAAGAUAAGAAAUAAAAAGUAUAGUAGAUGAAAAAGAGCCAGUUCAAAAAAAAAAAAAGAAGUUAACAAGCCUUUGGAUUUUAGUUCUCCCCCCCCUGUCCCCGGUUUAAUUUCCCCCUGACCACCAAACCAUGUUAUCCGCCUGGAAUUCUUAAAGUCCAUAAAUCACCUAUUUCCCCCAACUCCUUGCUGGCUUUUUCUUUUUGUAGUUUUUUUUUUUUUUUUUUUUUUAAAAACACUUAACUUCAGAUCUUUAAUAAAACUCCCCCCAUUGUUCUUUCCAAAUUGUAGUCCAAUUUCCUCUUGUUCCGCUGCUAAAACGUUCUAAUUCUGUUUUUAGGUGCUUUCAUUGCUUUAUCAUUUGUGGGUUUGAGAAACAGGGCAGGGUCAUUCCACGCCAAAACACCUGGUGCUAUGUGCUCUCAUGUUUCAGAUUUUGUUCAAAAUUUUUGGCACUUAAUACCGCUUUUAUACCUUAUUUCGAAAGAGACAAAAAAUAGCUUUAUUUUGAUACCAAAAUAAGCCCAAUUGGUUGAAAAAUAAGCGGAACAGGUUUUUUCUAAACUGACACAGAAAUUGCAUUAGCCUAAAUCACGUGAAAAUUUAAAUUAAAAAAAAAAUCUCCUGAGCCCAAUUUUGGACCAAAAAAUCUGAAAAAAAUAAUUUGAGGGUGUCUCAUAGGUAUGUACACACACAAAAAUUGAACAAAAUCUGAGACAUGAAAGCACGGUCGAGGUGAUUUGGUGUGGAAUGACCCGGCAGGAUAUAAAUUUUGAGGGUGAUAUGAGGCAGAAGCAAUGAGGUGGCAGGAAUCUGGAAAAAAGUCCCAAAUGUCCUCUUUUUGUCUCUGUAGGUGAUGGGAAGCGGAGUGAGCUCAAGGUGGAGAAUUCGCAGUAUGGAGGAAAUGAGCCAGAGCCACAACCAGAUAUGGGCCAAGGGAAUGGACCAAUGGCAGCUGAGCUGUGUGAGAAAAGAUGUGAGUCUGACAGGGAGCAGGGGAAAAAGGCUUUAGAAACUGAGACUGAAUCCAACAAGUUCUCAGAAGGUCUUGUAGGUAGAGGAAAUUGCUCUGUAGAUACAAGGGAGGAGACGCUCUCGUUCUCAAUGUAUGGUAGACUGACCCGUUCUAAAUCAAGACAUGUUGCGAAAUGUGCUGGAGAGGACCGUUCCGAACGUCCCGCGAUGGUGGAUCCCUCCCUGCAGAAUCCAGACCAUCAGCGAAGGCAUGCGGGGGGCAAAUUAUAUCAACACUCGGAGAGCAGGCAACGCUCUCAUCCGAGAAAGGACCUUCUUGGACAACAGAGCAGCCGAGCAAGGGGAAAAUCCCUCAGCUGCCCAGAGUGCGGGAGGAAGUUCUCUCGGGGGUCGCAUCUGAAGCACCACCUGCGAACUCAUACCGGAGAGAAGCCUCACAAAUGCCUCGAGUGCGGGAGCUGCUUUCCUCAGGGGAUAAACCUGACGAGACAUCGGAGAAUCCACACCGGAGAGAGACCGCACAGGUGCCCCUAUUGCAAAAGCAGCUUCACUCGGAAGGAUCAGCUGCUCCGGCAUCAGAGGACUCUCAAAUGUCAGAGCGCUUGACAGUGCACCCUGAGUGCGAGGAGGCCUGUGAGUCCCAAGGGACACUGACCGGCCAGCAGAGAACCCAUGAAGGGCACCAGCGGAGCUAAUUCUAGCCAGAGUUAUGAGUGAACAUGUUUCUAGUGGGCCUGCAGAAACUGCAAAGGAAGAGCUGUCUGGAUCAGGCCAGUGGCCCAUCCAGUCCAGUAUCCUGUUAUCACAGUGGCCAACCAGAUGCUCUAGUGGGAAACCUGAAGGCAGGAUUUGAGAACAAGAGCCAUCUGCCCUCCCAUGGUUUCCAGCAACUGUGGAAGCAAAGCACAGUCAUUGUGGCAGGCAGGCGUUCAAAGCUUAAUCCACUGUGAAUUUGUCUGAACAUAGUUUAAAGCCAUCAAAGUUGGUGGCCAUCACUGCCUCUUGUGGGAGGGAGUUCCGUAGUUUAACUGUGUGAAGAACGACUUCCUUAAAUCCGUCCCAAAUCUCCCAGCAUUCAGCUUCCUUCGGUGUCCACGAGUUCUGGUGUUCUGAGAGACGGAGGAAAACUUUCCUGCGUCCCCUGUGUCUCCAUGCCAUUUUAUAGACUUCUUACUCACCUUUUAAGUUUCUCUGAACAAGUUUUAAGCAACCAUUCCCUCUCUGGUCUUCGCACCAGGUCAUGUAGCCAAAAUACAGUGGUACCUCAGGUUAAGAACUUAAUUCAUUCUGGAGGUCCGUCUUAACCUGAAACUGUUCUUCACCUGAGGUACCGCUUUAGCUAAUGGGACUUCCUGCUGCCGCCGUGCCGCCGGAGCACAAUUUCUGUUUUCAUCCUGAAGCAAAGUUCUUAACCCGAGGUACUAUUUCUGGGUUAGCAGAGUCUGUAACCUGAAGUGUCUGUAUCCUGAAGCGCCUGUAACCUGAGGUAUCACUGUACCUGCUCCAGGUGUGACGAUGAUGCUGUCGUAGAAUCAUAGAACGGGAAGAGACCACAAGAGUCAUCUAGUCCAACCCUCUGCCAAUGUCUGCACAGUUAAAGCACCAAAGAGCCAAAGGAAUUAGUUUAUGUACGCAACUCCUGCUGUGAAAGUUUGUGCCCAAAAAUGGCAUGAGGAGGCAGUACCCAUGAAAGGGGGGUGGCAGUUGAAUUUGAUGGAAUGUGCAGGAUUAGCAAGUUGAACUGGUAAAAUCAGAGAUCAAAGUGGAACAGUUUUCAAGGAGGAAUGGAAAACGUUUGCAGAUUAUUAUUUUUAAAAUGUUGUAAAUAUGCCAGCACGCUAGCAGGUGUGAAGUAAGUUCAGCAGUAAAAGUUAUUUUGAGAAUAAAGCUGAGAAAAGAAGAUAUAGGUUAGUUGCAAUGUGCAGCAUCAAAAGAUAAUAAUGAGAAAGACAUGGAGGGCUCAGAGGGAAGUCGACUUUUAAAGUGAAUGUAUACUGGAAAAUGUUUGAUUAAUUGUAUUUUAUUUGUGAAAAUUUAUAAAUAUAUAUAUAUUUUUUAAAAAUUAAAUGUGUGGUGUGUACACUGGGGCAGUCCUCAUUGAGCUGUUCCCCUUUCCUCUUUUAUGUUUCUUCUAAAGGUUUGUCUCAUGCUUCUUCAGAUCUCAGGGCUCCCCUAAGGCUGCUGACAGGGAUAGCUCAGUUGUUAGAGCGUGAGACUCUUUAUCUCGGUCCAGUAUACCCGAAGGAGCAUCUCCACUCCCAUCAUUCUGCCCGGACACUGAGGUCCACGCUGAGGGCCUUCUGGCGGUUCCCUUGCUGCGAGAAGCCAAGUUACAGGGAACCAGGCAGAGGGCCUUCUCGGUAGUGGCACCCGCCCUGUGGAACGUCCUCCCACCAGAUGUCAAAGAGAAAAACAACUACCAGACUUUUAGAAGACAUCUGAAGGCAGCCCUGUUUAGAGAAGCUUUUAAUGUUUGAUGGAUUACUAUAUUUUAAUAUUUUGUUGGAAGCCGCCCAGAGUGGCUGGGGAAACCCAGCCAGAUGGGCAGGGUAUAAAUAAUAAAUUAUUACUAUUAUUAUUAUUAUUAUUAUUAUUAUUAUUAUCUCAGGGUUGUGGGUUCAAGCGCUAUGUUGCGCUAUGUUCUGCCACCACUGCCUGAGGCUGCAUUCCUUCCAAUGCCUGCUGCUGCUGCAAAUCGCAAGUUGGGAGAGUCCUGUGCUGUUGUGCUCAGAUCCUGCUUGUGGACUGUGAGAACAGGGUGCUGGACUGGAUGGGCCACUGGCCGGAUCUAGCAGGUUAUUCUUACAUUCUAGAUACAAUGGGUUGCGGGAGAAGAGAUGUUUAACGGAGCCUGUUAUGCCGUACAAUGGAAGGAAGACCAGCAAAAUUCCUCUCUCUUGUCUCUUCAGGUGACAGCAAGAGAAACUGGAUCAAGAUGGGGUGUUCUCACUAUGGAGGAAAUAAACUGGAGGAAUCACCUAGGUCUCUUCCACAGAUAGACCAAAGAAAUGUGUCAGUGGCAGCCAAGGUCCACGAGGAAAGAUCUGAGUUCAACAGUGGACUGGAGAAGAAGCCACUGACAGCUCAGAAUGAAUCCAGUAGCCUCUCAGAAGGUCUUGAGGAGUCUUGGAGUGAAAAACACACAGUGUGCACCAGGGAAGAAAGGCCUUUGCUCUCCAAGUGUGAUAAAAGCUCCCGGCACAAACCAGGACUUGUUAUGAAACAUGCUGGGGAAGAUUCAUCUGACUGUCAUAUGCCGGUGGGUAUCGUCUGGCAGCAUCUAGGCGAUCAGAGAAGGCAACGUACCAGUGAAAUAUUUUACAAGUGUCCCAGAUGCGGGGAAAUCUUCCAUGAGAGAACUAAGUUCCUUAAACAUCAGCAGUGCCACACAGCGAGGAAACCUUGCGUUUGUCAGGAGUGUGGGAGAAAAUUCUUUUGGCGAUCGGAUUUGACAAGGCACCGGAAGACUCAUACAGGAGAGAAACCUCACAAUUGCCUCGUGUGUGGGAAAAGCUUUGUACGGAAGGAACAUCUGAGGAGACAUUUGAGAAUCCACAUGGGAGGGAAACAUCACAAAUGACUUCAGUGUGGGAGAAUAGUUUCCCGGAAAUCUGAGCUGAUUAGACACUGGAGAACUCACAAACAGAGAAGCGUAGCAGGUCCCUGAACUUUGGGUUCAGACGCUCAGAGCUCCUCCAUCAAAGAAUCCAUAGACUCUCUUUCACGGGAGGUUUUUAAGCAGAGGUUGGAUGGAUGCUUUAGUUGAGGUUCCCGCAUUGCCCCUAGAGGACCCUCGGAGACCCUUCCAACUUUAUGAUUCUAUCAUUUUGUGACAUGAACAAGAAUUGAUGAUCUGAGAGAGCAAAGGCAGACUUUUUGUGAGAAACAGAAAAAAUAAACCUUUGGCCUUAUCAUAGGUUUUCUCCAAGGGGUCAGAGGGAAUUUGAGAUAUGGGACUGAGUUGUACAGAGUGAGGCCAUUGGUUGUCUGGUCCACUACUGUGUACCAGACUGCCAGCAGUUAACCCCAAGUUUCAGUUGGAGAGCUACAGGAGAUCCCAAACUCUGUGACUCGUGGGUUGCCAAGAAUCUGCUAGCUUCAUUCAGGUGGUCUGCAGCAUGUCUGCAGUCAGUGUUCAUAUUUUCAGCUGUAUUUUUAUUCAGUCUUUUAUUUCUUAUGUUGUAUCUUACAAUGUUCCCAUUUGAAUUCUGUGGAAUGUGAAUUACCCUGUGCGAUGAAAAAAAAUGUGUAAGUAAUAAAAGGAGCAAUAGAAGCACAUCUAAAAACCUUACGCUGCAGGCAUGUCCAAAGACCGUUUCGGGGGCCGCCAGUUGAUUUAAUCCGGCCCCCAUGGCAGUAUAUGUCCUGGGGUAAAUCCUAAAAAAACUCAGCAACUUUGGUUGGCCCUCAUGCAUGUUCACUUCAUCAAAUCUGGCUCUCUUUGAAAAAAGUUUGGGCACCCCUGCCCUACAGCAUCUAACACCGCACAUUCCAAUUGCUAUGAGAGGCAGAAACAACAUUAAGCCAAGUCCAUCUGCAAUUUUCAAGUCCAUGAGGAACGGAUGUUUGGGAACGACUAUGUUAGAACCUCCAUGUAGGGCAGUGGCAGGGCUGAAAUCCCCCGAUCAGGAACUGUGUCUGUUUGAGGGUAUAUUUGAGGUGGGUCCAUUUAUUGCUGACUCCUAGCAUAUUCUGCAAGAGUCCUAUUCCACACAAAAUUCCUCUGUCAAAUGUCAGCUUGGGAGAGGGAAAUAGGCCGGGAUCCUGAACACACAGGAAUGCAGCUGUUGCUGUGACACCUCAGGAACACAUUUUCGGGAGGUUACUGGAAUCUCUUGGAUGCUCAUUGACCUACCUCAGAAAAUAAGUUCUGCUCAGAGUACACCUGUUGGAAUUUAUGGGCACAUUCAUUAUUUUCAAUGGGUCUACUAUGAGUAUGGCUAAUGUUGGAUGCCACCCAUAAUUCCCAGGGUUUGAGUCUCUGUGUUGUCCCCUUUCCGCUUGAACAGAGAAAACAUGUAAAAUACAUAAUAGCUUAUUUUGCAAAAUGAGGGGGAAAUAAACCCAUUUGCCUUGACUGGCUUAACUAAUUUAACUGCUUAGGGAAGUUUUGAAUGUUUGGUGUAUUUAUCGUAUUUUUAAUAUUUAAUUGGGAGCCGCCCAGAGUGGCUGGGGAAACCCAGCCAGAUGGGCGGGGUAUAAAAUAACAACAACAACAACAACAACAACACAAGCGACAACAUCCAUCUUUCCCAAGAGCAGAAUCUGGGAACGCUGACAUUUAUUAUUUUACGGAGAGGGUGAUCUUUGAGACGGGGGUGGGGGGCAUGAGCUUAACAACGAUGUGAUGAAUUAGAAUGGGUUCCAAAAAUGUGGCCAAGUUUCCUUCAAGCGGUUCAUGGCAUGUCUGCAUUAAAUGUCCAAAUUGAUUUUUAAUUUUAUUUCUAUUGCUUUUUUAUUUCUUCAGUUGGAAGCAAAUUUAUUCUGUUGUGCUGCAAUUUGAAUUCUAUGGAAAGUAAAUUGUCAUGCUGCGAAGCACAAGAAAAGGAGGAGCAGUAGAAAUACAAUUAAAAAUCGUACAGCAUCUAGCACAUUGCAGUGGCGACAUUAAGUGGUCUGACAAGUCUGGCCUUUUUCAAGUGGUACGUGGGGUGAGGGGAGGAGAGUUUUGGGAACCACUGAAUUAGAGUAUGCAACAGGCAGGGAGAGCAGCGAGAAGGAUUCUCUUGACAAGAGGUGACCAGAACAUAGACAAAAACCCUCUCUUCUUCUCUCUUUAGGUGAUGGGAAAAGACAUUGGAUCAAGAUGGAGAAAUCUCAGCUAGGAGAAACUUUGCUGGCAGAAGCACAUAGGACGUUAGCAGAAACAUCCCGAUGGGAUUUCCCUGGGGCAUCUGAAAUUUUUGAGGACCGAUGGGAAUCCAAAGACCAUCAGGAGAAGCAGCUGCUGAUGGAGAAAAAGAAUGAAUACACGGAGGUCGUGCAAAUUCUCCCACCUGCUGUUAGCACUGUGCAGACACAGGGGGGAAAGCUCUCCUCCAAGCAGGUCAGAAAAUCCCGCUACAAAUCGGGACUUCUUAUGAUCCCUAAUAGGGAGAACACCUAUAAAAGUCCUACGCUGGAAGAAAACGUCCAGCUGAAAUGUUUCUUGGAUAACCAUCCAGGAAUCUCUGCAGGUGAGAGGCAACAUGAGCAAUCUGAGGGCAGAAAAAGCGUCCGCCGUGGGGACGGUUUGACCGGGUACCAGAACAGUCGCACGCAAGCGGAUCCCUACGAAUGUCCCGAGGAUCGGAAAAGCUUCGGGAACAGAAAGGCGUUAAAGCGGGAUCAAGGGAUUCAGACAGAGGGGAGGCGAUACCAAUGUACGCAGUGCGGGAAGUUCUUCAGACACAGGCAGACGCUGACUAAGCACCAGAAAAUUCACACAGGAGAGAAAUUGCACGAGUGCCCCGCUUGUGGGAAAGGGUUCACUUCUCGGGAGCCGUUACUGAGACAUCAGCGGAUCCACACGGGAGAGAAGCCGUACGAAUGCCCUCAGUGUGGAAAGUGCUUCAGGCAGAGGGUGCACCUGAUGUGCCACCAGAAAACCCACACGGGAGAGAAGCCGUUCAAAUGCCCCGAGUGCGGGAGGAACUUCUCUCGGAGGGAUAAGCUGAUCAGGCACCAGAGAAUCCACAGAGGGCAGAGGCCUUAUUCACACCUGGAGGGCGGGAAGAGUUUCGAUCAGAGAGCAGCGCUGGCGAAACACCAGGGCCUCCAAGAAGGGUGCUGAGAGACUCUUCCGCUCAGUAGACGGCAACACAUUUUCCACAGUCAGGAGGGAAGCAGGGGCUCGAGCUCCCGUCCCUGAAAGCAGGUUUUAAGCAGGUUGCAUUGCCACAGAGAAAUAAAUACAGUGGUACCUCAGUUUUUGAACGUAAUCUGUUCCGGAAGACCGAGUUCCGAAACAUGUGAAAACCUAAAACUCAAUACGGAAGCUGCGUGGCAUGUUUGACUUCUGAGGUGUCUUCAAAAACCGAAGCAUUUAUUUCCAGGUUUACGGCGUGCGAAAACUGAAAUGUUUCUCAACGGAGACAUUCAAAAACCGAGGUACCGCUGUAAAUAAAAGGAGAGGCCAAGCCUCCAGGUGGAAAUUUCAUCUGCGGCCUGUGCAGUACAAGAAAGCACAUGCACCGCGUGGUGUUUUGUGAGCAGGCCUGUUUCUUCAGAAUCCGUGUUUGCAAAGCUCUGAAGGAGUACAAUAAUAAAAGGAAUUCUGACUGGGUGUCCUUUAAUCGUGGCCGAGUCUCUUACUUGCCUCUGUGCUAUGAACAUUAAGGAUUAAAACUCGUGUGGGAAGCCAUGACGGCUUAAAGUGGCAUAAGAAACCAGACAGAGGGCCUUCUCGGUAGUGGCGCCUGCCCUGUGGAACACCCUCCCAUCAGAUGUCAAGGAAAUAAACAACUAUCUGACUUUCAGAAGACAUCUGAAGGCAGCCCUGUUUAGGGAAGUUUUUAAUGUUUGAUGUUUUAUCAUGUUUUUAAUAUUCUGUUGGGAGCCGCCCAGAGCGGCAGGGGAAACCCAGCCAGUUGGGCGGGGUAUAAAUUAUUAUUAUUAGAGUGCUUUACAUGUAUGCUGCAGGCGGGGCCUUCGUCUCUGGUUGUUACUCGCUUGCAUUAAAUGAUUAUAAUAGUUAUAACAAUGCAGAAGAGUGACAAUGAGAGACAGAGGUUCCAUCUGCCCCAUACAUUUAAAGCUGUAUCAUGUCACUUUAAACAGUCACAGCUUCACCCAAAGGAUUACAGGAACUGUAGUCUGUUAACAGGCGCUGAGAGUUUUUAGGAGGCCCCUAUUCCCCUCAUAGUGCUACAGUUCUCAGACUGGUUUAAGAAUCCCUUGUCCCAAGGAACUCUUGUGAAUCAUAGCUUCAUGAGGGCAAUAGGGGUUUCCUAGCAACUCUCAGCAUCCUUAACGAACUACAGCUCCCAGGUUCCUUUGGGGGAAACCAUGACUGCUUAAAGUGGUAUAAUACUGCUUUAAGUACUCAGUGCUUACGGGACCUAGCUAAAAGAAGUCAUACAUGUGAAAAUAAUUUAAUAUAUAAUUGAAGUG